CAUCAAUUAGGUCCUAAAACCCUGUCUUCAUUCUUUUCCUUCAACACCACUCAGCCACCAAAAAAUUUCUUCGCUUCUCAACUCUUCAAUGGCGAUUUUGGUUAGCUCCAAAGCGGAGCUGAAACGCAGAGAGAAGCAGAAGAAGAAGGCAAAAUCAGGAGGAUUUGAGUCAUUAGGUUUAAGUUCCAAUAUCUUCCGAGGAAUUAAACGAAAAGGUUACAGAGUUCCUACACCUAUUCAGCGCAAAACAAUGCCUCUCAUACUCUCUGGAUUUGAUGUCGUUGCUAUGGCUCGUACUGGUUCUGGUAAAACGGCGGCGUUCCUUGUCCCUAUGCUUGAGAAAUUGAAGCAGCAUGUGCCUCAAGCUGGUGUUAGAGCUCUCAUUCUUUCUCCGACUAGAGAUUUGGCGCUUCAAACGCUUAAGUUUACGAAAGAACUUGGUCGAUUCACAGAUAUUCGUGUUAGUUUGUUGGUUGGUGGUGAUAGUAUGGAAAGCCAAUUUGAAGAAUUGGCACAAAGUCCUGAUAUUAUAAUUGCAACUCCUGGUCGGCUCAUGCAUCACUUAUCUGAGGUUGAUGAUAUGUCACUGCGUACUGUGGAGUAUGUGGUUUUUGACGAAGCUGAUUGUUUAUUUAGCAUGGGUUUUGCUGAGCAAUUGCAUAGAAUUCUCACUCAUCUAGGUGAGAAUCGCCAGACUCUGCUUUUCAGUGCAACUUUACCCAGUGCCCUUGCUGAAUUUGCCAAGGCUGGGCUUCGAGACCCUCAGCUUGUGCGGCUUGAUUUGGAUACAAAGAUAAGUCCAGACUUGAAGGUUGCGUUUUUCUCUUUAAGACAGGAGGAGAAGCAUGCUGCACUUCUGUAUCUGAUUCGUGAACAAAUAACUUCUGAUCAGCAGACUUUAGUUUUUGUUUCGACAAAGUAUCAUGUUGAGUUCCUCAAUAUUCUUUUAAGAGAAGAGGGUGUUGAAGCUUCUGUUUGUUAUGGUGAUAUGGAUCAUGAUGCUCGCAAAAUGCAUAUUUCUAGAUUUAGAGCAAGAAAGACAAUGGUGCUCAUUGUGACUGAUGUGGCUGCUAGAGGAAUUGAUAUUCCACUGCUUGAUAAUGUUAUCAACUUUGAUUUUCCUACCAAACCUAAACUUUUUGUUCAUCGAGUUGGGCGAGCUGCCAGAGCUGGUCGUAUUGGCACUGCAUAUUCUCUUGUCACAUCCGAAGACAUGGCUUAUUUGUUAGAUCUUCAUCUCUUUCUAUCUAAACCAAUCAGGGCUGCGCCAACUGAGGAAGAGGUCUUACAAGAUAUGGAUGGAGUCCUGUCCAAAAUAGAUCAAGCAGUUGCCAAUGGAGAAACUGUCUAUGGACGUUUUCCACAGACUGUGCUAGAUCUCCUCUCUGAUAGAGUUCGGGAAAUCAUUGAUUAUUCAACUGAACUAGAAACUCUGCAAAGGCCAUGUACUAAAGCAUUUGGGUUGUACUCGAAGACGAAAUCAAAGCCUUCUAAAGAGUCCAUUAAAAGAGUAAAAGACCUACCCCGCGAAGGGUUGCAUCCAAUGUUCAAAAAUGUCCUCCAUGGUAAUGAAUUAUCAGCAAUGGCCUUUUCUGAACGCUUGAAGACCUUCAGACCUAAGCAGACAAUCCUGGAAGCUGAAGGUGAAGCCGCUAAGUCAAAAAAACAAAAUCAAUGGGUCGAUGUGAUGAAGAUGAAAAGAGCUAUUCAUGAGGAGGUCAUCAAUAAAGUUCGUGAACAGCGCUCGAGUGUUCCUUCUCCAAAGGAAGAUGGUUUUGAUCCCACACCUUCAAAAAGGAAGGAGAAACAAGUUUCUGGUUCUAAAAGGAAAGCAAAGAUUUUUAAAGAUGAGGAGUACUUCAUAAGUGCAGUACCAACAAACCAGCAUUUUGAGGCUGGACUUUCUGUGAGGGGAAACCAUGGUUUUGAAUCAAAAAGGUUGGAUGCUGCUGUUCUAGAUUUGGUAGCUGAUGACAAGAAUGGGUUACAGAAACAAAAGGUUUCAUAUCAUUGGGAUAAGAGGAGUAAGAAAUACAUCAAGCUCAACAAUGGAGAUCGUGUUACAGCUAGUGGGAAGAUAAAGACAGAGAGCGGUUCUAAGAUGAAAUCCAACAAAACUGGGAUAUACAAGAAGUGGAAAGACCAAUCACACAAGAGAGUAUCUCUUAAUGGAACUAAUGAUGGGAACUUUGCUGCACAGUCAACUAGUUUAGCCGGUGGUCCUAGAGGUCAAGGUGGUAGCAGAAAUUUCAGAGGUGGGAGAAACAAUAGGUCAGUACCUAACGCUCACGUGCGAUCAGAAAUUAAAGAUGUUGAUCAAGUUCGAAAAGAAAGAGAGAAGAAGGCCCAAAGAGCAUCUUAUUUGAAGAGCAAGAAGGGGAAAAAGGCUUUCAAAGGUGGCAAAAAGGGAGGAGGGAACGGAAAGGGAAAGGGAAAGGGAAAGGGAAGACAAGGUUGAUUGCAGUUUAUCGACUCAUUUAUUCAUGGGGAUCUCCUUUUUGCAAGCUUAUACAUGCAAAUCCAGAAGAGCGCUUGGGAUGUUCUUUCGCGGGAGUUGACUUGUCUAUUUUAUGUGAGGAGGAAGUUUUUGUUCCUUGUAAUCAGUGGAAAUAAGGUAAAAUUUCCACUGUAUACUUGUGCAGCUUGGUAAGUAUUGGUGGCUAAUUUUAGUAAUUGUCAGGUGGGAGCAUAGACUGCCUGUAGACAUACUGUGUAUGAAACUUCCGGCUUCCCUCUGACGAAUGAUUCUAAGCUUUAUAUAGAGGUGAAAUAGCAGAACUCUCCAAGUAGUUUUGAAUGUUUGAUGGAAAAGGUGUAUGUGAGAGACUUUACUACUCAAGCUGCAUUAUAUACCCACCACCAAUAUAUUGCAGGAUUUAUCUAUUUCCUAGCUAAGGCAACCAAGAUUAAUGGAGUGUUUACCCAGUUUUGUGUGUAUUUGUCAAUUCUCUUUGCUCGCCCAGCCAUCAACGCUAUUAGCGAUACCAAUUGUUUAGUAUAAUUCAUGAAUGAAGUGUGCAUCUUCACCUA